UGUUUUAGGGCUAUCAACAAGAGAUCAUUUUUGAUUGGUAGACAUAAGAAAAAAAACACACAUCAGCACACCAUAUAAGACUACUGGUAAAAAACAAGCAAAGGACCUUGAAUUGCUUUUGGAAUCCAGAAUCACUCCCAGGAAGCAAACAUGGAUUUCAAAGGAACAUCAUCUCAACCAGAUCAACACCAACAGGAAAAGACUAAAAAAAUAAAGCAGCUGUUUGACAAACUUUACCCUAAAGGCAGGAACCACAGACUGCGAGCUGCCGAGGUUCUUCAGAUAACUGCGCGUUCUUUGCAGUCUCAUGAGUCUUGCACUGAGGAGGAGCUGAUUCAGACCUUCCUACAGAAACUUCUGAUUAUGAACUAUACAGCAAGAUACACUGAAACUAAAGAUACCAAUGAACAUCAUCACACACAACGAAAAGACAUUGACUCGUCUGAAGAUGAGUGUGAUUUUUUUGAUGAAGGAUCUUGGUCCGGUUCACCUGUAACCUCCUUUGACAACGUUCACCCCAUGGAUGUUCAUUUGGCCGUUUUUCAUUGUGCUGAUAGAUUUCUUAAGCAGCUCAUGGUCACUAAACUCUCACAGUGUCAGUUUGCUCUUCCUCUGCUAGUACCGGACCCAUUCACACAACAGAUUCAGUUUCCUCUCUGGACAUUCAGACAAAUCAACAAGAGCUGGAAGAUGAGAAAUACUGACAAUGAGAUUAUCAGUAAAGUCCAGCCAGUGUAUAAAGCAGAAACACCAAUGGUGUCGUUCUUCAGAUUUGGUUCUGUGUCUUCAUCCAAGUCUCAGCUGAUAAACAGCCUGAUCAAUGAGAAACACAACACGUUCUUCCAUAGGAACUGUCCAGGCAGCAGCAGAACCAGACUGCUCAUGGAUGGAGUGGUGGAGAUCGCCUGGUUUUGCCCCUCUGGAAAAGACACAGAUAAAUUUACUGACUGCGUUGCCUUCUGUAAUCUGCAUGGUGAUGCAGGAACCAAUGAGAAACAGCUGCAGAUCCUGACUAAAAUGUCUUCAGUCAAUGUUGUUAUUUUACCACAACUUGACAAGAAUGACAAAAAUGCAAUAAAGAUACAAGAGCUGUACAAAGACAAAAAGCCACUUAUUUGUCUUCUAACUGAUGAUGAAUCUGCUGCAAAGCAGAAGAAAGGAAAAUAUAAAAUUGGUUUGAAAAACAGAAACCAGUCGGAUGUAUCUGUAGAACUCAGAAGAGCAAUAAGCAGUUGUCUGUCAUCUUCAGAAUCAGCUUCCUUGUUCAGACUGGAAGAUUUGUCCAAAUGCUCAGAUAUCAGAGUAGAUGAGGAAGAUGACGAAGACUGCAGGAUAGGAAAAGAAGCAGCACAGCAGAUGAUAAGUUUACUGGAGAAUAAAGAUCUGACAGAAAUCAAAGAGUCAUUUCUGCCCUGUCAGGGAAAACUGUGGCAUCUGUGGUGUCAGAAGAACAAAGAACUGCAUCAACCCCAAGGGGAAGAACUAGAAAUAGACAUAAGCACUAAAAAGACAGAAAUGAUGAAGAUUCGUGAAGAGCAACAUGAAUCUAAUAUGAGUGAGUUUAUAAAGUUCUUUAUAAAGCAAAUGAACUCAGAUUCUGCAUUUAGGAUGUUUUUUCUCAAAUGGCUCAGAAUCCUCCUGGAUGAGUAUACCUCAGAAGACCUUUCUGAUCUACAUCUCAAAUAUGAUGAAAAGUGGUCAACAGUCUUAAAGCUCAAAGAGACCAACGAAAAACCUGCGAAUGUCAAUGAAGUACAAACUGAGCUUGAGAAAAUUUCUGAAGAACUUCAAGCUGCAACAUUUGGCUUGGAGCACAUCCUCAGAGAGAUCGGUCAGAUCUAUGAAUCAUAUUCAUCUGUAAAGACAAUCAAAGCAGGUCUGGAGUUUGAUUUGUCUUCUCUCCCGAGUUUUGCAGCUGAGAUGAUGAUUUCUGGAUUUCCACUGGAGCUGAUGGAUGGAGAUGCUGCUCAUGUUCCUCUGAUCUGGGUUACUGCUGUUCUAGAUGAACUCAUCCACAAACUGGGAGACCAGAGAGUCUUUGUGAUGUCAGUUUUAGGGAUUCAGAGCUCUGGGAAAUCCACCAUGCUCAAUGCCAUGUUUGGACUUCAGUUUGCAGUCAGUGCUGGCAGGUGCACCAGAGGAGCUUUCAUGCAGCUGGUCAGAGUAUCAGAGGAGAUGAAGGAACAGCUGAAGGUUGAUUACAUUCUGGUUGUUGAUACUGAGGGUCUCCGGGCUUUAGAACUUACUGGAAGAUCUACAAGACAUCAUGACAAUGAAUUGGCCACAUUUGUUGUGGGUCUUGGUAAUCUGACAUUGAUUAACAUCUUUGGAGAAAAUCCCUCUGAGAUGCAAGACAUUCUUCAGAUUGUUGUUCAGGCCUUUCUGAGGAUGAAGAAGGUCAGAUUGAAUCCGAGUUGUAUGUUUGUGCAUCAGAACGUUUCAGACGUCACAGCUGGAGAGAAAAACAUGGAGGGAAGGAGACGCCUGCAGGAGACACUGGAUGAGAUGGCUAAACUCGCUGCUAAAGAUGAAGCAUGUGAUGCAGAAUGUUUCAGCGAUGUCAUUGCAUUUGAUGUACGUACUGAUGUGAAGUAUUUUGCUCAGCUCUGGGAGGGCAGCCCACCCAUGGCACCACCAAACCCAAACUACUGUGAGAAUGUUCAAGACCUAAAGGAAGCCAUACUUACACAAGCCUCAAAAUCAGGUGGCAUAAUGUUGAGUCAACUAAAAGAUCGUAUUCUAGAUCUCUGGGAGGCUUUACUCAGUGAGCAAUUUGUAUUUAGCUUCAGAAAUUCUUUGGAAAUUGCAGCGUUCAGGAGACUGGAGACAGAAUACAGCAAGUGGACCUGGACUCUUCGCAGUGCACUGCUGGAAAUUGAAAACAAACUGCACAACCAAAUAGAAAAUGGAGCAACUGAUGAGAUUAAGGAAGAAGAUUUCAAAAGAGAACUAAAAGGAAAAAGUGAAGAGGUGAAAAAAUUAAUGUCGGAUUUCUUUGAGAACGACACGGAUAAACUCAUACUGAUUCAGUGGAAGGAGUCGUUUGAAAUAAAAGUCAAAGAGCUUCGGGAGGGCAUUACGAGAAAAACAAAAAGGAAAUUAAAUGAGAUUAUUCAGCAACAAGACCUGAAGAAAAGGAUUGACGCUCAAAGGACACAUUAUGAAAAUACACUUUUAGAAAAGAGCAAAGAACUGGCUUUAAAACACAAAGACAAAACGAAUGAUGAAGAAACUCUGAAGAAAGAGUUUGAUCUGUUCUGGGGAAAAUGUGUUAAGAAGAUUACCACAGAUUGUCCUCCAAUCAAAAACAUUAACAUACUGAGAGAUGUGAAAAAGCUCCUCAUUGGCAGCUAUAAAAUUGCCCAUAUAAACACCUGGAAGGACAUCACAGAUAUUUUAUCGGAGCCGAGUUAUGUACCUUAUGUUCGGUUCAAAAAAUCCAGUGGAAUCACAGGACCUAUUAAAAAUGCUGUCAGAGCAGUCCAAGAGACAAUUGGUCUCACUUUGUCUGGCGAGGAUGAAACCCAAAUAACAAACCUAAUGAACGAAAUUUUUGAGCAAACAGAUAAGAUGAUCAUGUCAUUUAACGUAUCAAAGCUGGGAUACAACAUCAGCUACAUUCAACAAGUUACAGAUUACAUUAAAGCAAGAAUAACACAAUACGAGGAAGGCCCAGUGAAGUACAUUUUCAAUGAAAAAUUCUUUGUGGAUUUGGUAUUUUAUAUAUUUGAGUAUGCAAACCAGACGUUAACGGAACAACACAACAUGUUCAGAGAAGCCAACGAUCCUGUAUUGUACGUUGAGAAGAAGAGAGAAGAAUAUUACAGUAUUUUCCAGAAAUACUGUCAAGGAGCAACAUCAGCCGCUAUUUUUGGAGAGAUCAUCUGUCAAAAACUGAAAGAACCAAUUAAACAGAGUGUCUACAAACACACUGCCAGUGAUUUAGCAGAUGAAAUGCGAUCAAACUGUCCAUCACUAAAUGGAAACAGAACAAAUCUGGAGAUGCACAUCCUGAAGAAACUGGCACAAGAUGAGAAGUUUUAUCAAUACAUAAAAUACAUUAAGAAUCCCAGAAAGUACUUCAAUAGUUUCAUUAAAGGUGAAGUCAGUCAGUACAUCAGUGAUAAUUUCAAUUUCAGUGUUCAGCCCAAGAUGAAAGAGAACAUUGAAUCCCUGCAAAAGAAGAUUGUGGUAGCAGCACGUGAAUCUACUGAAUAUGUUCAAGUGAACAAUGGAGAUGUUGAUUUGUGGUUGACGUUUUUCACACAGAAGCUCUCAGAUGUAUUGAUAUUCUCUCUGAAAGACUUUAGUGGAGUGAGUCAUGAUGAUGUUGAUGAUUUCAAACUACUAGAAGAUGUGAUAAGAGAAGAACUUCCCUCUAUAAUGUCUGACAUUAGCAGUAAAUGCAACACAACAACAUUUCCAGUAUAUCUGGAUUAUAAGGACCGACCAGAUGAGAUUCUGAUUGAUCACUUCUGUCAGUGCUGUUGGGUUCAGUGUCCGUUCUGUGCAGCCAUCUGCACUAACACUAUAGAAAACCAUGAUGGAGAUCACAGUGUUCCUUUCCAUCGGGUUAAUGGACUGAAUGGUUGGUUUUACAGAGGAACACGAAACCUAUGUAUCAAUAUCUGUACAUCUUCAGUAGCAAGUAAUGAAGAAUUUUUUCCAAACUCAGACUCAGAUGACUCAGAUGAUGAUUCUAUCCCCUGGAAAGAAUACAGAACAGGAGGAGGCAAGUAUGCAGAGUGGAGCAUCACCCCUGACCUCUCUGAGCUGCCCUACUGGAAGUGGUUUGUGUGCAAAUUCCAGAAAGGUCUGGAAAAGCACUACAGAAAAACAUUCUGGGGUUCUGGUAGGAUUCCAUUUCAAUGGAGACAAAUCACAAAACAGGAUGCUCUUGAGAGUUUGGAUAAAAACUUUUGAAUAUAAAUGAAUAUAAACUAAUGUUCUCUACAGAACACAACACAAAAUGUAAAUGCUCAGUUUGAAAUAUGUUAUAUGACGUUAUGAAAGAGUUCUUAUACUGAACUAUUUUAUAACACUGUAAUUGUCUUAUUUUAUUAGUGCUGUCAAUUUAAACACUUAAUCAAAUGAAUCGCACAUGCAAUGAUAAGUAUCAAUAUUAGUGGGUGUGAUGCUGUCCGACUUGGUAUGUUGGUCCACCAAAAUAUAUUAAAGGGGAAUUUAGAGGGAAUUUUCACCACACUCAACAUCAACAUGAUUUUUUUAACUGAUGGCUGACUUGCAGUAAAUUACACGUGUUUAUUUUAUGAAGUUUUAAUUAUUGUUUAUGAUAUGUAUAUGUAACAUGUCAAUAUUCUUCAUUAUUAUGUCACUUAUCAAUAUAUUUAUAGCUUAGUGGUACUUUUAUUAAUUCUUUGAGGUUUUAGAUUAUGGAUUGGUAAGUCUUUUAGUAAGAAAACAGCAGUGCUUUGAAUUAAGCAUUUAGCAGGUGCUCAACUAUUCAAAGCAACUUACAAAAAGGAGGCAAUAGAAUGAGAAGUGCUAUACAAAAUUACGAAGUUUCAAAUUUACAAAAGCGGUACAUCUUUAAUUUUUUUCAUAAAUAAAGACACUGGUCUAAAUUCCAGGAGCAGUUUUGGUUUUGUAAUAAAUCAAAUUUUUCUAAUAUCUAAAUUCUCUUACAAGUAUACUGGUGGUGUUCUUUGUUCAUAAAACAUUUCACAUUGCUCCACUACCUUACAAUUUUAAUAUUGAAUAAUACAUAACAAAUAACAAUUUAUUACUUGGUUAACUCAAAUUAUUUACUUGUAUUUUCUCUUUUUCCCUGUUAUAAUGGAUAUAUGCAGUCAGAUAUGCAGUUUACUGUCUAUGUGUAUGUAACAAAUAAAAUACUUUAAGAUCAGG